AAAUUACUUUCUUAUGAAAACCCAGCACUCAGCCAAUCGCGUGGACGCAGGGGGGAGGAGUCAGAUUAUUUCAGCCAAUCCAGAAGCUCCAGGGGCGUGGUCAAUUCAAGAUAUGUUUUUUGUUUUUUUUCUGCAUGUCUUCUGGUUGCGUUUACCUCGUGGCCGGCGACUGUAGGAGCACGUAACACACCUCGACAGAGAUGUGACACGAGAGCGAACCAAAGUUGCAAGACGGAGCCCGAGGAGAAAGGGGAGAAAGUUGUAAGAAAAGAGGGGAACCACCAUGGAGAAAGUCAGUAAAGAUACCAAGACGAACCCGGAAGCGACGGCGAGCCUUUUUUCAAAGAUCUUUUUCUGUUGGCUCAAUCCUCUGUUUCGCAUCGGAUACAAACGCAAGCUGGAAGAAGAUGACAUGUAUGAAGUGCUCGCCGAGGACCGGUCAGAGAGACUUGGACAGGACCUGCAGAGGUACUGGGAUAAUGAGGUCCAGAAGGCUACCAAAGAGCUGCGCACGCCAAGUCUCUCCAAGUGCAUCAUUCAAUGCUACUGGAAACCGUAUGCAGUGCUGGGAUUCUUUACUCUCGUUGAAGAGGUCAUAAAAGUGAUCCAGCCCGUCGUCUUGGGGAAGAUGAUCACGUACUUUGAGAAUUACGACCCGAAGAACAUGACGGCGCUCUACGAGACUCUCGGCUACGCAGCCGCCUUGUCGUUGUGCACCAUCGGCCUGGCCUUGCUCCACCACCUCUACUUCUACCACGUCCAGAGGACGGGCAUGAAGAUCAGAGUGGCCAUGUGUCACAUGAUCUACAACAAGGCUCUGUGUCUCAGCAGUUCAGCCAUGGGAAAGACCACCACGGGCCAGAUCGUCAACCUCCUUUCCAACGACGUCAACAAGUUUGAUGAUGUGACCAUCUUCCUGCACUACCUGUGGGUGGGGCCCCUCCAGGCGGCGGCGGUCGUGGGCCUGCUGUGGGUGGAGAUCGGCCCGUCGUGCUUGGCGGGCAUGGUGGUCCUCAUGAUCCUGAUGCCAACGCAGACCUUGUUUGGAAGGCUCUUCUCCAAGUUCAGGAGCAAGACGGCUGUCCUCACUGACAGCAGAAUCCGCAUCAUGAACGAGGUGGUGUCUGGAAUGCGGAUCAUCAAGAUGUACGCCUGGGAGAAACCAUUCGCCGCUCUGGUCUGUGAGGUCAGAAGUAAGGAGAUCUCCAAGGUCAUGAAGAGCUCCUACCUGCGAGGCCUCAACAUGGCCUCCUUCUUCUGCGCCAGCAAGAUCAUCCUCUUCGUCACCUUCACCCUCUACGUCCUCCUGGGGAACACCAUCACAGCCAGCCGCGUCUUUGUGACGGUGUCGCUGUACAGCGCCGUGCGGCUCACCGUCACGCUCUUCUUCCCCAACGCCAUCGAGAAGCUGUUCGAGACCCGAGUCAGCAUCCGCAGGAUUCAGGAGUUCUUGACACUGGAUGAGAUCGUAAAAAACAAACCUGAUUUGCCACAAGAUGGGAAAAAAGACUCCACACAAGAUGGGAAGAAAGACGCCUCACAAGAUGUGAAGAAAGACGCCUCAAUCGAGAUCAAGGACCUCGUCUGCUACUGGGACAAGAGUCUGGAUGCUCCAUCUCUGCAGAACAUCUCUCUCACUCUGAACUCCAACCAGUUGCUGGCUGUGAUUGGACCAGUGGGAGCUGGAAAGUCAUCGCUGCUGAGCACCAUCCUUGGAGAGCUGCCCAAUGAAAAGGGGGUGCUGAAGGUCAAAGGUCAGCUGACCUACGCCGCCCAGCAGCCCUGGGUGUUCCCUGGAACCAUCCGCAGUAACAUCCUGUUUGGGAAAGAGCUCAACCCCCAGAAGUACGAGAGAGUCAUCCGAGCCUGCGCUCUAAAGAGGGACAUGGAGCUGCUCCCAGACGGAGACCUGACUCUGAUCGGGGACAGAGGAGCAACACUCAGCGGGGGACAGAAAGCCCGAGUCAACCUGGCGAGGGCUGUGUAUCAGGACGCAGACAUCUACCUCUUGGACGACCCUCUGAGCGCCGUGGAUGCUGAGGUCGGGAGACACCUCUUUGAACAGUGCAUCUGUGGCCUGCUGAAGAACAAGCCUCGGAUCCUGGUCACCCACCAGCUGCAGUACCUGCAGGCCGCCGACCAGAUCGUGGUCCUCAAGGAGGGUCACAUGGUGGCAAAGGGGAGGUAUAUGGAGCUGCAGCGGUCCGGAGUAGAUUUCACCUCCCUGCUGAAGAAGGAGGAGGAGGAGGAGCAGCCUCCUUCUCAAGACAUCCUGGUCAGGACCAGAACUCUGUCCCAGAACUCACAGACCUCCUCCGUGCACUCGGUCAAAGACGGAGACCAGCUACCGGCAGAGACGGUGCAGACCAUAGCAGAGGAGAGUCGUGCUCAGGGAAACAUUGGAAUCAGUCUGUACGUCAAGUACCUGAAAGCUGGAGCCAACGUGGUGGUUCUGCUAACUGUCAUACUGGUCAACAUUCUGGCUCAGGUAUCCUACAUCAUGCAGGACUGGUGGCUGGCUCACUGGGCCGACGAGCAAGAGAAGCUGACUGACAACAGCACCGGCAUCCAAAACGGACUGAAUGUCACCGCAGAGCUGGACACCAACUUAUACCUGGGUGUUUAUGGAGGUUUGACUGCUACCACCAUCGCUUUUGGCUUCAUCAGGAACAUUUUGCUGUUCCACGUGCUGGUGAGGUCUACACAGUCUCUGCACAACCGCAUGUUCAACUCCAUACUCGGAACACACGUGCGCUUCUUUGACGUCAACCCUAUUGGAAGAAUCUUAAACAGGUUCUCAAAGGACAUUGGCCAGCUGGAUUCUAACAUGCCGUGGACUUUUGUGGACUUCAUUCAGGUGUUCCUGCAGAUUAUCGGGACCAUCUGUGUGGCAGUGUCCGUGAUCCCCUGGAUCCUCAUCCCGGUUCUCCCCCUCUUCCUCGUCUUCCUCUACCUGCGUCGCUACUUCCUGCAGACCUCUAGAAACGUCAAACGCCUGGAGUCCACAACUCGCAGUCCAGUGUUCUCCCACCUGUCAUCGUCUCUUCAGGGCCUUUGGACGAUCAGAGCCUUUGGAGCAGAGGAGAGGUUCCAGAAAGCCUUUGACGCCCAUCAGGACCUGCACUCAGGGGCCUGGUUCCUGUUCCUGACCACCUCUCGCUGGUUCGCCGUCCGUCUUGACGGCAUGUGCUCCAUCUUUGUUACUGUCACCACCUUCGGUUGCCUGCUGCUCAGAGACCAGCUGGACGCCGGCUCCGUUGGUCUGGCUCUGACCUACUCGGUUACACUGAUGGGAAUGUUCCAGUGGGGGGUCAGGCAGAGCGCAGAGGUGGAGAACAUGAUGACGUCAGUGGAGAGAGUGAUGGAGUACACUGAACUGGAGAGUGAAGCACCCUGGGAAACCCAGAAGCGCCCUCCUCCCGAUUGGCCAAACAAAGGCCUUGUGACCUUUGACGGCGUCAGCUUCUCCUACAGCAGUGAUGGACCGCCGGUUCUAAAGAACCUGACGGCAAUGUUCCGGCCCAGAGAGAAGGUUGGCAUUGUGGGUAGAACAGGUGCUGGGAAAAGCUCUCUGGUCUCAGCUCUGUUCCGCCUGGCAGAGCCUACGGGGAAAAUCUACAUCGACGGUAUUCUGACCUCUGAGAUCGGCCUCCACGACCUGCGCCAGAAGAUGUCCAUCAUUCCUCAGGACCCGGUGCUGUUUACAGGCUCCAUGAGGAAGAACUUGGACCCUUUCAACCAGCAAAGUGAUGAAGACUUGUGGAAGGCUCUGGAGGAGGUGCAGCUGAAGUCUGUGGUGGAGGAGCUGCCGGGGAAGUUGGAGACGGUUCUGGCCGAGUCGGGCUCCAACUUCAGCGUGGGCCAGAGGCAGCUAGUGUGUCUAGCCAGAGCCAUCCUGAGGAAGAACCGCAUCCUGGUGAUCGACGAGGCCACGGCCAACGUGGACCCCAGGACAGAUGAGCUGAUCCAAAAAACCAUCCGCAAUAAGUUCAGCGAAUGCACCGUGCUCACUAUCGCUCAUCGUCUCAACACCAUCAUAGACAGUGACAGGAUACUGGUUCUAGAUGCAGGGAGGAUUCAUGCCUAUGAUGAGCCUUACACCCUGCUACAAGAUCCAGAUGGAAUAUUUUACAAAAUGGUGCAGCAGACUGGAAAGCAGGAGGCAGCAGCUCUACUAGAGGCAGCUAGACAGGCGUACGACAGCAGAAGCUAUUCUCACAUACCAAAUGGACAUGCAGAAACAGCAGAUGGUAACCUAGUAAUCUUUGAGACCGCUCUGUGAGCCUCUGACUUGCUGCUCUACCAGAACACUUAUAAAAUGCCUGGGCUCAUAUUGUGGCCCCCCAGCCUUGUGUGAAAGCACACAGGGCCUGAUGGGACUGCCUCAUCCGGUCCACCUUGUGAGGAGAAAGGAUCUAAAGAGGCUUCACAGUGGCCUUGAACGGCCGGGCCAAAUACACACACGUUGUGCUGCUGUUUCCUUCAAGCAGGGAGCGCUUGGAAAUCACUGUUCUAAAAAAAAUUGUUGAAGUAGAUAUCUAUUUAUUUUCUAUGCUUCAUUUUUAUCAUAUGUUAACAAGUGGCCACAUGAUCCUUACGAAACUGUAAGUGCCUUAUUUCAAGCUUGGUUAAAGUUUACAGGUCAGGUGACAAUCAGAACAUAGCUGCUACAACUGAGUGAAUGUGUCAUGACUAUCUGAAAUGUUAAAACUUUGUUAUGUAAAAUGCUACAUAGACCCCGACAAAUCUUACACUUAUAAAAAAAAUCUCCUUACCUUCUGACUUGAUCUUCUUCCUGAUACACUCAGCAGCUGUUUUAAUAAAACAUUGAAAAAUUACUCAGUUAAAAACGGUACAAUCUGUAUGAGACAAUGAUAUACAAAAGAUCCAUGUAAAUGUACCUCAAAUUUCACAGUUGACUCUGGAUUUCGACAUAUAUGUAUAUAUAUAUACAGUGGGUACGGAAAGUAUUCAGACCCCUUUACAUUUUUCACUCUUUGUUUCAUUGCAGCCAUUUGCUAAAAUCGAAAAAGUUCAUUUUUUUUUCGCAUUAAUGUACACUCAGCAACCCAUCUUGACAGAAAAAAACAGAAAUGUAGAAAUUUUUGC